GUGGGCGCCGGGGCCGGGCGGGCGGGCGGGCGCGGGGGCGCGCGGGGCUCGGGCGCGGGCCCGGGGGUGCGGGCAGCCGGGGGCGCAGGAAGCGGGACGCCGCACCAUGUUGAGCCCGGCCCCCGGGGAGCCGCUGCACCUGGCCACCUACGUGGAGGACUACCUGGACUCCAUCGAGUCGCUGCCCUGCGACCUGCAGCGCAACGUGUCGCUGAUGCGGGAGAUCGACGCCAAGUACCAAGAGAUCCUCAAGGACCUGGAUGAAUACUACGAGAGGUUCACGUGCGAGCCGGACGGCCCGCUCAGGCGCCGGGCCCUGCACUGCAUCCAGAGGGCGCUGAUCCGCAGCCAGGAGCUGGGCGACGAGAAGAUCCAGAUCGUGAGCCAGAUGGUGGAGCUGGUGGAGAACCGGGCCCGGCAGGUGGACAGCCACGUGGAGCUGCUGGAGGCCCACCCGGAGGCGGCCGACGGCCCGGGAGGCGGCAAGGCGGGCCCCGAGCGGGCGCGGGGCGAGGCCCCUCUGCAGGCCGAGCGCCCCAACGGCAAGCGCUCCCGCCGGCAGCGCAACCACGAGCCCCGCGACGGCGCCGAGCACGAGGAGCCGGGUGCCGGCACGCCGCGGGAGAAGAAGGCCAAGGCCUCCAAGAAGAAGAAGCGGCCCAAGGCCAAGGCCGAGCGCGAGGCGUCGCCCGCCGACCUGCCCGUGGACCCCAACGAGCCCACCUACUGCCUGUGCGACCAGGUGUCCUACGGGGAGAUGAUCGGCUGCGACAACGACCAGUGCCCCAUCGAGUGGUUCCACUUCUCCUGCGUGGGGCUCGGCCACAAGCCCAAGGGCAAGUGGUACUGCCCACGGUGCCGCGGGGAAAGCGAGAAGACCAUGGACAGGGCGCUGGACAAGUCGCGGCGGGAGCGCGCCCACACCAGGUAGUGGCGGCGGCGGCCGGCCCCGGCCCUUCUCUUGGCUCUUCCCGUCUGGCGCCUG